AUGAGUAGUCAUCUUCUGACGCAGCACAUUUAUUCAACGGAUGUUGAUGGCGCCAGAGAGGAAAUAUUUCGGUUUCUUAAAUACAAGAGCUACGUAAAGGUCAUCUAUUUUGAUGGUUGGGAUCGAUUCGGGGCGUCCGCUGUUCUUAGAUCCAUAGCAGCAGUGCUCCCGUCCAGGAGAACCACUCCGGAACUAUGCUUUGACAGAAUAAUUUAUAUAGAUUGCUCUGAGUGGAAAAAUAGAAGAGCAAUGCAGAGGGCAAUUGCAGAGGCUCUGGAACUUGACCCUUCAGUAAUGGCCAGUCUAGAUGAGCAAGAUGAAGAGGAUGACUUUAACGAAGUUGAUGAAAGCUCAAGGAAUGAGAUAGGCAUUGUUGGACAAGCGAUUGAUCAAACCCUGAGGGACACCAAAUUGAUGAUGAUUUUCCUUAACGGAAGUGAUGAAGAGGUUGACGUAGGAAUUCCUCUUACAAGAUAUGGAAACAAUGUAAUGAUAUGGACCUUCAGUAGAAGAUGCCUGGAAUUGAAUCAUGACCGUUCAAGGGUAGAAAACAAGCUAAGAUAUACGCAUGCUAUCCUUGGUUUCCGUGAUUCUAUCAAAGAGUUGUCAUUGUCACACUUUUGUGGUCUGCUGCAUCAAGAAGCUGCUACCAUAGUUGCUCGCAACCCAUGUAUGCUGGACAUCAACCCAACAAUUGUGGCAGAUUGUUGUCUCUAUGAGUUAUUUCUGCAUUACAAUUUUCACAUGGCCACCAAUUUUGAUUGGGUGUCUCAUGCUUCCAACUAUUGGGUAUGCGAUGCAAUCAUACAAGGGUACACAGCAAGGGAUAUUAGUAAUGCAUUACAUUGA